ACUACAAUACCCACAAUUCCGCACUGUCGCCAGCAACAAGGAAGUGUGACGAGACGGGGGACACCGUCGAGUGUUUGGAAGUCUCUCCCCCGGCUCGGUGUUUCACUGGACACUUGCAUAUCUUCGCACGUUGGCAGUCAUGGCAGGAAAGAUCCAGCAGCUCAGUGAGUCCGCGGUGAUCCGCAGCCUCAGGCGCUUCAGAGACAGAUAUUUCCCAAACGGCGGCGAAGUUGUCAAGGAUGACGUUACCGGACAGGAAGAGCCGCAGCCGGGACUUUUGGACAGUUUGCCGUUGACAGUGAUUUCAGGAGAGUGGGUAGGACAUUCAGCAAAUGGCCAGGGUCGGAGUCGAACCCAUGGCCCUGCAGGAGGACUCCAGCCUCCGGUCGACCAUCAGUUCCUAAUCAUGACCUUUUUGUGUCCUGUGGAUAUAUGCCGACUGGGAGCCACCAGUCGGUACUGGAGAGCCUUGGUUAGAGAUCCAAUACUGUGGAGGUAUUUCCUGCUCAGGGACAUGCCCUACUGGUCCUCCGUUGAUCAUAUGACAAUGCCCCAACUGGAGUUGUUGAAUGCACCGGUAGUCAAUGAAGAUGACAACCUGGUUGAUGGACGAGAAGGGGAAAACGAAGGGAAGGAGACAAAAUGUGACUACAUGUCAGAAUACCUGAGAGCGUGCCCAUCCUGCAGACAGCAGUGGCUUCCUUCGCGGCCAGCGUAUGAGGUUGUGACCUCGUUCCUUCAGUCUCUGGUGCCUUCGUCCGAACCACGUUUUGCCAUGUUUGGCCCUGGCAUGGAGCACCUGGAUGUGUCUUUAGUCACGAGGCUCAUGCAUGCCCCAGAUGUGCUUCCCGUGUCGGGCACUCCACACAGACAGAUAAAUGGUAUUGGCUCAGGCAUCAGUUACAUGUUCAACAACCAACACAGAUUUAAUAUCCUGACCCUGUACUCAACCAACAGGGCAGAGAGGGAAAGAGCCAGAAUUGAGCAGCAGAUCAUCAGUAGUAAACUUUUUACUGUUGAAGGAGCAGAUGACUCGGGUUGCCCCAUCUACAGCCCGGCCCCUCAGGUCCAGCAGGUGUGCCAGGUGGUGGAUGGUUUCAUCUACGUAGCCAAUGCAGAGCCUGGAAGGGAUGGGGGGAGGUCUGAGGUGGCCCAGAUCCAGGCAGUGCUGAGCGCUGCUGGGUGUGCCACGUCAAGGCCUUUACUGGUGCUCUCCUGCAUCUCCAGAGAAGAACCAGAAGCAACCGGGGCCACCAGCCAGCAAAGUAGGCGCCGGACACCCUGCGUUGACAUGGCAAAAAGACUUGGACUACCGCAACUGGCAAACCCCUGGAUGGUGCAGGAUACAGUGGCAGAAUCCCUGUCGGGGCUUCUGGAUGGAAUUUCCUGGCUGCUGAAAAGCUCUGGUGUCAAACUCUAUGAAAUCAUCCCACUGAAGCCGUAGCCGGGGGAGUUUGCUCGGAGGACGCCCACGUCGAGCCCUGCAGUGUCGGCGCAGUGACAUCAGUCUGUGGGCUAGAUGUAUUGUUCUGCUGUCACAUUCAAUACGGCAUAAAUCCUCAUGAUCACUCAGAGCAGACAAUCACAGGAACGAGUAUUCCGUUACAAAGGAACUAAUUUGACAGACGCCCCCACUCUCCUCCAAUCAGAGCUCCUUUCCCUUUUACCAAUACACGGACAUGGACAGCGGUCAUUUCAUAUUGUUUGCCCAUGUUGUGUGUUUCUCUUUGGAAAAUAAUGUCACAAACUGCAUCGAGUCAAGCAGAUCAGAGUGACCGUUAUGUUUGAUAUAUUUAAUUCAUGAAAUAGGAUAAAGGAAGUUGAUGUUCAUCGUGAAGAUGGUAAACAACACUUGUAACCCUCUUGUUUUAUUAAGCAUUUUUUUCCCCUUCAGUGUUACAAGCUAUCAAUUAUUGUAUUUGUGCACGAGAGGAGCCUUGGUGGGGCUCUUUAUAUGUGCACUGCAGCUAGGUGACUUGCUAAAGCCAGGCCAUAACUUGUGGACCUUGUAAACGAAAAGGGGACAGCCGGGGAUGUAAAAAAAAAAAAAAAAAGAAUGAUACAAGGACAGCUCUGCUCACGGGUGUACAGAGAGGCCAAUUCCAUUUCUUUCUACUUGUAUCACAAAUUAUGUCAACACAGCCUCAGUGCAGUGUCAGGAAGACAAAAAAUAACCCCCAUCCCUCCCCUGUGCCUCUGUUGGUACCUUUGUCUUCCUUUUUUAUCUCCCAGUCUUUGUUUCUAUUUACAGCAGAGCGCAUUGAAAACGGCUGCAAACACGUUCCAGUGAAUUCAGAUUAGUUUUAUUGUUUUUGGACUAUAACACCUUCUUACAUUAUGAGCUACUGGAGGUACUAUACAGGCAAUUCAACUUUUCUCUUUGAUAUUUUUCUUUAAAGCUGACAUGAUUACACUUCAUGAGUGGUGCACGUUGAGGUGAGCAGGCUGCAGCCCUGCAGUAUUAUACUCGUGUUAGUUGAGUUCUAGUGCUGCAUCGAUAUCAAGUUGAAUCCUGCAAGGAAACAAAUACGCACAAGGUCCACUCGGGCAGUUUGUGCGCAGAACAACAAUAAAAACCCUUAGCAGCAACAGCUGGAUGGGUGUGUUUUUCACUCACGUGUCAGGGGGUUCUUUUUUCCCUCUCUAGUCGGGGGAGUACAGCCACUGACAGCUGCAAUUCUAGGCGAGCCUCUGAGGGCGUCACUUCUCCAGUGGACACUCCACGUGAGGCCACACAGCGCAGGCUGUAGUCCGCAGACAGACGCAGCCAUUCACAGAGCAUCUCAGUGACUGCCAUUUGCAUUCUGAAACAGGAUAGGUGUUGGUCACCAGGGUUGUUGUUGUUGUUGUUGUUGUCUAAAACAUAUUCGCAUGUGAAUAAGCAGAGUUUAGGAUGUGUAAGAGUGGCAUAUUGAACUUUUUGAAUAGAAAUCUAAUAAAUAAAUAAAGAUAAAACCAAAAAAUAAUAAUUAAACAUAAUGUAACUUCCGUCCUCUAUCCAUCAAUCUAUCUAUCUAUUUACAGUAUAUAGAGAGGGCGUCCAUUCAAACUAAUGAUUGUGACAACCAUCUUGUUUUUUCCUGCAUUUUCAGUUGGCAAUGAAUCAAAAUAAAACCUCUAACCUUUUUAUAGCGCUUUUUAUAUGAUGCAGUGAAAUGGCUGAAUAAAAUGUUAAUUCGCAA